ACGCUCGGUUUCCGGGGGAGGACGGCGGCAAAGGACCUGCGCGCGACGGUUCUCACCACUGCUAUGGAGGCGUUGGCAAUGGGGGUCCCGGCGCUGCGGCUUUUGCGGGUCGCACCCGGUGGCGGGGUCAGCCGGAGAUUUAUAGCAACAUCGCCAGCUUCUCAGCUGUCACCGACAGAAUUGACAGAAAUGCGGAAUGAUCUCUUUAAUAAGGAGAAAGCCAGGCAGUUAUCAUUAACUCCCCGAACUGAGAAGAUAGAAGUUAAACAUGUUGGGAAAACUGACCCUGGUACUAUCUUCAUGAUGAAUAAAAACAUUUCAACUCCCUACAGUUGUGCCAUGCACCUAAGCGAGUGGUACUGCAGGAAGUCCAUUCUGGCUCUAGUGGAUGGACAGCCGUGGGGCAUGUAUAAGCCUUUAACAAAGUCCUGUGAAAUUCAGUUUCUUACUUUCAAAGAUCGUGAUCCAGGAGAAGUGAAUAAGGCUUAUUGGCGUUCUUGUGCUAUGAUGAUGGGCUGUGUGAUAGAGAGGGCAUUCAAAGAUGAAUAUAUGGUCAAUUUGGUCAGAGCUCCAGAAGUUCCUGUAAUUUCUGGUGCCUUCUGUUAUGACGUAGUUUUGGAUAGCAGACUUCAUGAGUGGAUACCAACAAAAGAGAACUUACGAUCCUUCACAAAGGACGCUCAUGUUUUAAUUUAUAAAGAUCUUCCAUUUGAAACUCUGGAAGUUGACGCAAAAGUAGCAUUGGAAAUAUUUCAACACAACAAAUACAAAAUAGAUUUCAUCGAAGAGAAGGCAUCUCAGAACCCUGAGAGAAUAGUCAAGCUACACAGAAUAGGUGACUUCAUUGAUGUGAGCGAGGGCCCUCUUAUUCCAAGAACAAGUAUUUGUUUCCAGUAUGAAAUAUCAGCAGUUCACAGCCUUCAACCCACCCAGCCAAGUCUCAUACGAAGAUUCCAGGGUCUGUCUUUACCCGUUCACUUAAGAGCACAUUUUACGAUAUGGGAUAAGCUGUUGGAAAGAUCUCGUAAAAUGGCAAUUCUUCUUCUGGUAGUAAGAAUGAAAGUGAAGGAAACACUUAGGGAAAUUUUUCUUUAAAUUAUGCUUUCCUUAAGGACAUGUUUUUUUUGGGGGAGGUGUGAGCAUAAGAUUUCAGAAUCUUAUCCUUUUAUUCUUUUACCCUUACCUUGUUGAUUUUCCAGGAAAGAAGUUAUCAAAACUAAUAUUCAGAGCAUACUGUGUCCUAAGGUUGUCAUUAAAGAUCUGGUUUAUCCUUCAAAAAAAUUUUUUUUUUGUGGUGAAAUAUAUAUAACAUAAGUUUACAUCUUCACCAUUUUUUAGUGUACAGGUCAGCUACAGUAAACACUUGGUCAUAAUGUUCUGCAGCCGUCGUUGUCAUCCAUCUCCGUAACUCUGUCUUGUAAGGAUCUCGUUUUAUGUCUAAAUCAUAGGUUAUAUUGUUGCACAAUUAUAUAUAUAUUUUUAUUAUUUGGCUGCUUAUUCUCAGCACCCACCAUUUAAUAUUUGCAUACCAAAGGAACUGCACACCAUAAAGUUUUCUUUAAAAAAAGUUACAGUGGUCGAAUUUCAUAACCAAAGCGGUUGUGGGAUAGCUCUCAUUUUAUUCACCCUGAAACAUACAAAUAAUUUAAAACUAUAAUUUGUUGUUACAAAGCAAACGUACAUCUAUUUCUGUUGAAAGUCAUCUGAUAUUGAUGUAGCAGUACAAAUUCUAGGUCCAAAACCAUUUUAUUAGGUGAAAUGUAAUGUAAUUAUGUUACGGAAAAUUAAAGUGAUUUAGUUUAGGUAACUUCCUCUAAAUAUUUUCCCACUUUAACAUUUAUGUGUACCAAUCAAAAACAUAAUCAUUAAGAUGGAAUAAUGUUGAUUCCUAUUUAGAUCCAUUCGCUAAAAGCAAUUAGCAUAUACUUGCAUAUGUGGAAGCAGUAUCUGGCUUUUCUAUCAGAAUUUAUUCUGAUUCUCUAUGUUCUAAAGCUGCAGUUUUGGUUUACAUCAUGGAAGUAAGCAGUGAUUAAUGCAAGUGUAUAAAAAUCAGGAUUCUGUGACGUUUUGGACUUGUCAUAAUCUUUAGAAUAAUGAUUUCUAGAGUCAAAAGUUGAAAGUCACUGUAAACGUGAUGCCCCUACCACCUGCCUCUAUAAAAACUCUGCAUCUUUCGGAGUGUUUUCCUUCCCUUUUACUUAAGACAGAAUUCCUUACCCUUAGAGCCAUCUCCUUUGGGUGGGAGAGCCAAGGUGACAGGUAAGGUCUCUGGUAGGUUGUUCUUGAAAUGCAGACAAGUUAUCUGGGGAAAGAGGGGUGGGGUUGAAGUUGACACAUCAUCUUAGACUUGUUUAUUAGAUGAGUUAGCUAGUGAUCUUUGAAAGCAGCAAUCAAAGGCCGAGGAGAGAGGACCCACGAUAGGUAGAUUUUAAUGGGAAUAAAGAGUAAUGUGGAGGAAAGAUAAGGAUAUGCCCCAAAUAGUUUGGUAGUUCAAUAGUUUUUUAUUUAUAAUUUCAGCUCACACUUUGCAUGUCCAGCAUAAACCAGCAACAAAUUAAGUAUUUAGACUAUCAUCUGAGUUUUAGUUCUCUGAUUUUCAACCUCUCUACAUGCUAUAAAAUGUCAUAUGAAGUGUUUAAUUUCUCAGUAAUUCUUCAUAAAGACCGUUAAUAUUCCCUGGCAAAAAGAAAAUCCAAAUGUGUGCCUUUCUAACGUGUAUUUAUUUGUAUACAGUUUAUCACGUAUUUUCUGUAGAAUAUGAUUCUGUGUUACAUUUCAAUAACUGACAUUAAAGAUCAGUCAACUUCUCUGCUACCAGGGAAUGAGGUAAAGACUAUUAUGUUUCCUCUUGAAUUCACGUGAGUUCCAUCCUUAACAAGGGAUUGAUGGUGUGACUUACUACCGAUAGAGAUGGUGGCCAACUGGGGUUAUGUCUUCUGAAGCACACAAACUCAUCUUCUAAGAGUAAAAGUGGAUUGUUCUGUAGGAAUAACUUAUAUCCUGAAAUGUUGGUGAAUGAUAAGAUCACCACUUUUCAGAUCAUUAACUUUACAUAUAAGCAAAAUUCCCUGAAUAAGCCUUUGCUGGGGGAAAAAAUAUAAAUUUGCCAUAUCAUGAUAUUUCAUUUACUUCCAUAAAAACUUAACAUCACUUCUUAAUAUUUCUAAUUGGGAGCUCUUUAUUGAAAAAUAUCAACUAUUUCUAAAUUAAGAGCUCCUUAUUGAAAAUAGCAGUUUAUACACUAAAUAGCAUAAUUUUUUUUGUAUUUUGAGAAUUUAGAAAAUAAAUGUUUUUAAAGAUAUAUGCCAAUGGUGAUACUUAACACAUAAAGGUGGGAUGUACUUUUGAACUGUCUUAGAAGAAAACCAAUGUGGAUAUUACAGAAUCACUGUGGAAAUGUUAUAUAUCAGUGACCAUUUAGUUGUGAAUGCACAAAAGAGAAAGAAUGUCAGCCUUAGAGGAUUAUCCUACUUUUCCCAAUUUUAGAACCAGGAAGUUUUUACUGAAAUGGCUUCGUGAAACUUAUUUAGAAGCUAAGUAACCUUCCCAAUAGUUUAAUUAUGGACAGUAAUUAGUGUUUUUACAUUUCAGAUGAGGAUGUGU